AUGCACCGGUUCGCGCCGCCAGCGGACGUAGCCGCGCUGCAUGCUGGGAGGCGUAGUCUCCUCGGGGCGGACCCUGGGGUGAGGGGAGAUGAGGUCGUGGUCACCUUCCGUUCUGUGCAAGUAGUAGUUCUUCGUCGUACAGUGAUCUCAAAACAACAUAGGUUGCGGCAAGGAUGCAGGAUGCUGAGGCCGCUCAGCACCGUCGCGGAAAACCUGAGCUUUGUCAUCGGCGCGCCCUGCCUAACCGUGAGCUGCCGAGACGCGGAAAAAGGAACCUGUUCGUCGCUUAAUCCUUUCCAGCUGUUCCAGACUUAG